GCACGACUCUGCCCCCUCGCGGCAGACGAUAGUACUUGUCCGGCGGAUGUCUUCUGGCUGCACACAUCUUGUUGAGCGUCGCAGUAGUGUUGUCGAACCUCAUACACGGUGAGGCGUAUGGACCGGCGCCCGUAAGCUACCUCCUGGACUCCUCUCUGCUCCUCCGUCUCAACCGACGAGCCCAAUUUCGGCACCUUUUUCGGGCCUUCUCUCGAUUGCGCAGUGGAAGAGGAGAAAAGUGGGGCUUGGUGCGGCUCUGUGGUGAAGGCGGCGGCGGCGGCGGUGAAGUGUCCUCGAUGGCAGGCUGGAAGGACGGCUCGGUCCAGGAGAAGUAUCGGCUGGUUGUUGUCGGAGGCGGCGGUGUCGGCAAAUCGGCCUUGACAAUCCAGUUUAUUCAGUCCUACUUUGUCACCGACUAUGAUCCCACGAUCGAGGACUCCUACACCAAGCAGUGUGUGAUUGACGAAAGGGCAGCCAGGCUGGACAUUCUAGACACGGCUGGGCAGGAAGAGUUCGGAGCCAUGAGAGAACAAUACAUGAGGACAGGGGAGGGCUUCCUGCUCGUCUUUUCAGUCACUGACAGAGGAAGCUUUGAAGAAAUCUACAAAUUCCAAAGGCAAAUCCUGCGAGUCAAAGACAGAGAUGAAUUCCCCAUGAUUCUUGUAGGAAACAAAGCAGAUCUGGAACUACAGAGACAAGUAACCCAAGAGGAGGGCCAGCAGCUGGCCAGACAAUUGAAGGUUACAUACAUGGAGGCUUCAGCCAAAAUCCGUAUGAACGUCGACCAGGCUUUUCAUGAACUAGUUAGAGUAAUCAGAAAGUUCCAAGAGCAGGAAUGUCCACCGUCGCCAGAGCCGACAAGAAAAGAGAAGGACAAGAGCGGCUGCCAUUGCGUGAUCGUCUGAGUCGGCCUUAUCACUGUAACUCAUGCAGCUGCUCUCUGUCUGUUGCCCCGCCCACUCUGCCUGACAUCGCAUCCCGAUGUGGAUGACUGACCGCUGCCUUCUCCACAUGUGCAUGACUCCAGACAGCUCCACCCCUGGGGUACUCGGACCAGGGGUGGCUGUUCCCAGGACAUCACUAUGGAUAACUGACAAUGCCAAAAUUUGAACACCACUCUACCUUCAGCCAUAGUCCUUUUCACACGAGAAAGUCCCAACACGUAACAUUGCCUUUUAAAUCAGCCUGACCAAUUCAUGUUUUGUACUCCGGAGGACUUCUCUUGCCUUGUAGUGAUUUGUACUUGCUGCCGAGAUUGAAUGAAACAAACACACAAAAAAAGUGUCCCGAAUGUUACCAAGUGCAACAGAGAGAUUUAUCUUAUGAAGCUUUGUGUAUGUUGUGCCAUCUUUUCUCCCAUGUGCUAAUCUGCUACUGUACAUAUGUGACAUUUUGUUGUGAUUUUUAAAGUGUAUUUCUAAUGACUAUUAAGGUUGACUAUUGAGGUUGGUUUUGCAUAUAUGAAAGUGAUAUAUAAUGAUGUAUAUAAAAAUAAUGCUUAGACAAGCCCUUAAAGCUACAAUGAUAGAACUUUUAGAUUCUUUAUGGGGUUUUUUUGUGGCUUCUGCUUCCAUCUUAAUUGCCAAAUACAGAAUGUCUGCAGUGUGCUGUCUUAUAGAUUGUCAGAUUCAUAUACAGUAUUACCGUCGAUAUUUCUUCUUUGAUGUCGGCGGUCCAGUCAGAAUCAUGUAUUGUUUUUAAAGUCUGCGCAAAGUAACCUGGUAUCAAACUGAAAAAAAAAACUGAUCCGUUUAGUUUGAGUCGCUCCAGUAACCAAAUCAAUGGAAGUGGUUCAUGUAUUGUGUAUACUUAAAUAACAUUUUCAUCUUGAUUUUUAAGUAGUAAAAUGCCCACUGUAUUACUAUAUACAUGUGAUUUUAGGAGGGGCUCAUGCACACAAUGGACCUGCCACCUCAGUCGUCAUGAUCAGUAACACACAUACACAGCAAAUUGCUCUCUGCAUUCUCGCUACUGUAAUCUGUCUUUCAUAUCAUCUUAAAGAACAAGAAAAUCACACAAUGGUAGUAAACGGUCUUGAUUAAAUGUUUCUACUCUACUUUUAUACGUUAUUUUCUUAUCAAACUAGCUGGCAAGUAUUUUUUUAUAUGUUUAUAAGUGAAUAUAUGUAAAGAGGACUAUUUAAUUAUCUUGGUUGUUUUAAGAUAAUUUUGCCCCAGUCUGAGCAAAAUUGGAUUCUCAAUGAUGUGAUGCUUUUGUGGCUUAAAAUGUCAAGUCAGGUCGGAAAAGGUUUUUAGCAUUGACACACAUUGGAGUUUUAAUAAUCUACAAAAUUGACAAUUCUAUACCCAUUCCCAGUAUCUUAAUGCUAAUGUACAUCACUAUCAUAUUGAUUUUUCUUUUCUUCUUCCAUAGCAAUGUCUUUUGGCCUGUGUUGAGCUUUUUUUGGUGCUGAAAUAAAAUCUGUCAUUGAGCCAGA